GUUGCCAUAAAAAAAGCUGCCACCUGUAAUGGCCCGCGCAUGUUUGCAAUGCACGCUCCUUUGCGACGAUUCUGCAGCAGAGCGCUGCAGCCUUUGCGGGGGUGAGCUCGCCAAACCCUUCGCAAGGAGCUUGAGCAGUUCGGCCUACAUCGAUUUGGAUGAAGAUUCGCAGCCUGGAGGUGAGCCUGCGAAGCCUGCGCCGCAGCCUGCGACAAAGCCUGCGCAAAGCUGCCCCGCCUGUACGGUGAUUUGUGGUGCCAGCCAAAGUCGCUGCGACACCUGUGGAAGUUCCCUGCUCGAGCCGCCCAGGAAGCGGCCAAAGACGGAGCAGGAGAAGGAGCCGAAGGAGCCGAAGGAGCCGAAGGAGCCGAAGCCGAAGGAGCCGAAGGAGCCGAAGGCGGGCAUCUCCAGCUUCUUCAAGAAGGCGAGAGCGCCUAGUGAGGACCCACCACUGCCACCGCCAGCAGAGCCGCCCCCAGAGGCCAACGACUUGGCCACGCCCUGCGAGAGCUUCAAGCCACAGGGC